UCUCUCACUACACCAUAACCAUAACCACCACGAGUUUCUCUAUCUGCUUUCUUCACAAAGAGUAACUCAGUCUUCUAAAAACUUUCUCAAAACCAUUAUUAUUCUCUAAUCUUUCGUUUCUUCAAUUAAUUAAUUGGUUUCUUGCUAUGGCUGUGGACUCUGCGAUUUCGUCCCCAUUGGGUCCCCCGGCCUGUGAGAAGGACGCAAAGGCGUUGCGGUUCAUCGAAGAAAUGACUCGCAACGCCGACGCCGUCCAGGAGAGAGUCCUGGAGGAGAUUCUCACACGCAACGCCCAGACAGAGUACCUUAAACGCUUCGAACUCGACGGCGCCGCCGACCGCCAAGCCUUCAAGUCCAAGAUUCCCGUCAUAACCUACGAGGACGUCCAGCCGGAGAUUCAGCGCAUCGCCAAUGGCGACCGCUCCCCCAUCCUGUCCGCUCACCCCAUCUCCGAGUUUCUCACCAGUUCUGGGACUUCAGCUGGGGAAAGAAAACUAAUGCCCACAAUCAAGGAAGAGCUGGAUCGUCGCCAACUUCUAUACAGCCUCCUCAUGCCAGUUAUGAACCUUUAUGUGCCCGGCUUGGACAAGGGAAAGGGCCUAUACUUUUUGUUCGUGAAGUCCGAAACAAGGACCCCGGGUGGGUUACUGGCCCGUCCGGUUCUCACAAGCUACUACAAAAGUGACCAUUUCAAGACCCGACCCUAUGACCCGUACAAUGUUUACACAAGUCCAAAUGAAGCCAUUCUUUGCUCGGACUCAUUCCAAAGCAUGUAUACUCAAAUGCUAUGUGGCCUCAUUGAGCGCCACCAUGUCCUCCGCCUCGGCGCCGUCUUCGCCUCCGGGCUCCUCCGUGCAAUCCGGUUCCUCCAACUCAAUUGGCCCGAACUUGCCCAUGAUAUCCAAACCGGAACCUUAAAUUCUCGGAUCACCGACCCGGCAAUUAGGAGUUACAUGGACAAGGUGCUAAAAUCCGACCCGGAAUUGGCCCAAUUUGUGACACAACAAUGUUCCAAGGACAAUUGGGAAGGAAUCAUCACAAGGAUUUGGCCCAACACAAAAUACUUGGACGUCAUCGUAACGGGUGCCAUGGCCCAAUACAUUCCCACUCUUAACUACUACAGCGGAGGAGGGUUGCCACUUGCAUGCACCAUGUACGCUUCAUCAGAGUGUUACUUUGGACUCAACCUUAAUCCGAUGUGCAAGCCCUCUGAGGUUUCAUACACCAUUAUGCCAAACAUGGCAUAUUUCGAAUUCCUUCCCCACGAUCCUAAGCCUGGCUCCACCAGUUCAAAACUAGUGGAGUUGGCGGACGUUGAAGUGGGGAAGGAAUACGAAUUGGUGAUCACAACCUAUGCGGGACUCUAUCGGUACCGUGUGGGCGACAUCCUCCGAGUCACCGGUUUCCACAACUCGGCACCACAAUUCCACUUCGUGCGCAGGAAGAACGUGUUGCUGAGCAUUGACUCAGACAAAACAGACGAGUCAGAGUUGCAAAAGGGGAUUGAGAAUGCCUCAAAGCUUUUAUCAGAGUUCAAUACAAGCGUUGUGGAGUACACGAGUUAUGCAGACACAACAACGAUUCCGGGUCACUACGUGAUUUAUUGGGAAUUGUUGACCAAGGACUCGACGAACUCACCCAGUCACGAGGUGUUGAAUCGGUGUUGUUUGGAGAUGGAGGAGUGCUUGAACUCGGUGUAUAGACAAUGUCGUGUUGCUGAUCAUUCCAUUGGCCCAUUGGAAAUUCGUGUUGUGAGGAAUGGGACCUUUGAGGAGCUUAUGGAUUAUGCAAUCUCAAGAGGUGCGUCCAUAAAUCAAUAUAAGGUGCCAAGAUGUGUGAAUUUCACACCCAUAAUGGAGUUAUUGGACUCUAGGGUUGUGUCUGUGCAUUUUAGCCAGGAAUUACCACAUUGGACCCCUGAAAGGAGGAGGUGAGGUUCUUCGUAUGUGGCUUAUUGGGCUUGAGUCAAACAUGUAGAUGUAGAUUUUAUUUGUUGUUUUUUUUGCUAAGGUUUUGUAUUUUUUGGGUAGUGUGUAGGACUCAUGGUGAGUCUACAUGGAGAUGUUGAAUUAGGAUGUCUCUUGGUUGGAUUAAUUAUGUAUUUCGGUUCGAUUAACUUGUGUAAAAGAUGUGACUUUUUUUUUUUUUUUCCUUUUAGCAAAGUUAUAUGUUGUAUGUAUUGGUCUUUCCAUGUAGAAGUGAAGAAAUGUAAUUGAGCAGAGGAUAUUUUCUUUUGGCAAGUA